UGUACAAAUGCAGGAAGAAAGUCUUCUGCGCACCAGCUUCAGAACGAAUAACCAAAUGAUGUAGGCCACUUGUUCCGCGAAAGCUGGUAAGCUUGUGUGAGAGAAGGACUGCAUUGCACAGUGAUGGAGCUACUGCAUGGCGCAUGGGAGAAGUUUUAACUCACAGGACCCUACAAGUACCGCUGUGUUUGUUGUUGACCCAAACAUAACGCUCAACAUCCCCAGCUGAUAACAUUUUCUACGUCAGAAUUUUGACCUUCGGCAUGCUCUUUAAACUUGUGUUGGAGAGAGCGCUCGUGUGACAGCGGCAUCAGUGGAGCGCCAAGAUAAACAAGUUCAGGCAGGCUUCCUUCAAUCUUCCAGGGCAAAUUUUCUUCUUUUGACAUCAUUAUUUUUGUCAGAAGUGGGUUGGGCUGGGUGCCAUUGGAGUUAAUUUAAUACAGGAGAUGAAGAGAAUGUGGCUGAAGGUGCUGCUGCUAAGCUUUAUAAGUUGUUUUGCAUGUCAAGCUGACACUUGUGUUGUUGGAGUCUUUGGGGAAUCAGUCUUCCUGCCCUGCCUCUAUAAUGGACGAGAGGAUUUGACAUCUUUAAACAUUUCAUUUGAGUGGAGAAGAGGUGCUGAGGUGGUGUACAAGGUUCUGUGGACAGAAGGGCACGAGAAGAGAAUCAAUAUGGAUGUCAAGGACAGGAUCUCAGUGUCCUCUUUGGCACAAACUGGAAAUUUCACAAUGAAGCUGAGUGAUAUCAGAUUCUCAGAUGCCCAGAAUUACACUCUGCAUCUCAACUUUGUUGAUCAUGGAGAUAGUGUCUUGAUAUGCAUGGUCUGCCUCAAUGUUGCAGAUGGUGUGAACUUCAGUCCAGAACGUAAAUUUGCAUUCAUAUGGAUACUCAGCCUUGUUCUGUGUGUGCUGGUGACUGUGCUGGUGACGAUAGCUCUGUGUUUCCAGAAGAAAUGGGACAGGCAGGCUAGAAGAGACUGUGAAGAUGAUUCAGACUGGGAGGAUACAGAAAUGAUCAUGAUGGACGGGAAGUAUUUGGAUGAACUGCCUAACAGAGAUAGAUGUGUCAUAUAAUCACCAGCUGUGAGUCACUGAGUGUCCCUUUACAUGUUAUUGUC